CCGCGCCGAGGGCCCGAACCUCCCUCCUCGCUGUUUACAGUCAACGGAUUUGAACAGCGUCACAAAUUAUUCCUGUUUGCUCUUCCCAACUUUAAACGAACAGUUUCGAACAGUUUCGAGGGAUUAACGUUAAACAUUAGUGCUCACAUAAAGAGUCUGCGAGGUUUGACAAACUGAGACUGUCCUUUUUCCAGCGGAGGAGCGAGAGAAAGGCCGACGCCGUCCUGAAAUGAAACGAAAGGGGAAGUGAAACUAAACUUUAACAACAGAAAGACAAAAGCUGCUCAACAAGUCGAGUUUCCUGCUGCUUCUCCUGGCCUCAGCAACAUGUCGUCAACAGACUACCACUACUUCAUCAUAACAAGAAAACCUGAACACCCAGGACACAUCAACGCGGGUUCAAUAUGUUACAGCUAUCAUUAUAAGUACAGAACAGCUAACUCUUCCCCUAAGUUGUCUGUCUGCUUCCUGGGCUCCCAGUUGUCAUUGGAUUACAACAUAGAGGUGAAGAGCAUGGAGGAGUUGAGUCCAGAGGAAGCCGGGCUGCUGCAGGCUCUGGCUGACGAUGCAGAGAGGCUGCAGUGGUUCAGAGAGAGGAAAGCUCUUCGAACAGCGCUGGGACUCACUGAGGGUGCUGUAGUGAUUGUGGACGAAGGAGGAGAGAAGCUCAGAGGCAUCAUUCGCUACAUCGGAAACCUGACGCAUUCCCAUCCCUUAUCAGGAACUUUCUUUGGCAUUGAACUGCAGGGAGAAGACAGGGGGAAGGGGAGCACAGAUGGGAAGUACCAACAUCAAACCUUCUUCUCCUGCUCAGAAUAUUCUGGCAUUUUUGCCCCAUUCUCCCGAGUCAGGCCUCUCGUUCCCAGCUCCCUGUCGCCCUCCAUCCCUGCGCCCUCCUCACAGCCGGAGGAGCUGGAACCAGGCGAGAGAGUCACCUACUUCAUCGAUGAUAAAUGUCUCCAUGGGAUGGUGUUGAAUGUGCGAGUAGAGAACGGACAAGAUAUUGUUGUGAUCUCCACAGACAAAGAUGAGAAUGGAAAGACGGGGGGCACAGUUGAAGUUCCACUUUCUUCGGUUUUUAAGGGAGAGGUGCCUGCAGAGCCAGAGCGCAUGGACGUCGAUGCACCCCUGUUUGACCCGAACCCUGAUGAUCUGUACGGGGAUCUUCUGAGUGUGAACUCCCUGGUAGAGGUGACUCUGGGUAAAGGCAACGCAUAUGGAAUCAUCCGCUGGAUCGGCAAGCUACCUGAUCGACAGGAUACCAUGGCUGGACUAGAGCUGGAGGAAGACACAGGAGUGAGUGACGGUACCUUUAAAAAGGAGCGUCUCUUCGCUUGUCCCCCGAAGCGAGCUCUGUUUGUGAAGCUUAUCUCCUGCCGUCCUGACUCACGAUUCCAGAGCACAUCGGCCAAACACAGCGAGAUGAUGCCAAAAGAGGACAACGGAGAGAGAGAGACGGAGCACAGCACAGGGAAGCCGGAGACUGUACCUCCUAUAAGCACGGAGCAGGUUAACCAGAUGCUGAUUGGACGAAUGAGGGGGAUCCAAGGCCACUGCAACUCCUGCUACAUGGACGCUGCCCUCUUCAGCUUGUUUUCCUGUUCCUCUGUGUUGGACUCCAUGCUGUUUAAAUCAACAGAACCUCAAGAUGCCCCAAUUCAGAGCACACUGCUCCAUAACAUUGUCAACCCCCUCCGCAGUAAGGGCUUCGUGGAAGGGCGACACAUCAUGAAGCUGCGGCAGCAGCUGCAGAAACACGGCUACAGCCACUCCUUCACCACAGAUGAGAAGGAUCCAGAGGAGUUCCUCACUGUCAUCAUGCAGCACAUUCUUGCACUCGAUCCUCUACUCAAACUCUCCAAGGGUGGGAAAGUGCUCGAGAGUUACUGCUAUCAGGUCUUCUUGGACCAGAACCACAGCCUGGUGCUGCCUACAGUCCAGCAGCUGCUGGAACAUUCUUUCCAUAGUGAAGGACUCAAGCUGGCUGAGGUCCCUUCCUGCCUCAUCCUCCAGAUGCCUCGCUUUGGGAAGAAAUUCAAGAUGUUUGACAAGAUCAUUCCCUCUCUGGAGCUAGACAUCACCGACCUCCUCUCUGAAGGUCCUCAGCAGUGCAUGCUGUGUGGAAACUUGGCGCAGGAAGAGUGCACCGACUGUUUUAAGGAUCCCCUCUUCAGCCAGACGGGAUUCAAAAUCUUCUGCAACACUUGUUCAUCUCAGGUUCACUCUCAUCCUCUGCGUCGCUCCCAUCAGCGAGCUCCCCUGGACAUCCCCAAGGGUUACUUGGGUCACGGGACACCUCACACUCUGACCAGAGACAAACUGGAGCUGUUCGCCGUGCUCUGCAUCGAGACCAGCCACUACGUGUCCUUCAUCAAACACGGACCAAACAGCCAAGACUGGAUCUUCUUUGACAGCAUGGCAGACAGACAGGGAGAGAAAGACGGCUUCAACAUCCCGGAGGUUCACCACUGCCCUGAGGUCGGCAUGUACAUGGAAAUGUCUCCCGCAGAGCUGGCCAAUCAGGUGCCUCGAGACAUGAAAGGUGUGGCUAAGCGUCUCUUUUGCGACGCCUACAUGUACCUGUAUCAGAGCACCAACAUGUGUCUCUAUCGCUGACUCUUCACUGCACUGGAAAACCCCACAGCUUGUGUGUCAAUAGAAGAAAAUGAUUGUUGCUUCCAUUUUUCUGUUUGUUAUUCUUUCAUUAAUGUGUGGAAGUAAAUGCAUUAACAUUUAAAUCGUGUAUAUAUAUAUACGUUUUUAAAUGUUCUUCUUAAAUGUAUACUACAGAUAUAUAUCAUUUUCAGCCUUGGUGGUGCAGGGAAAGUAUUAUGAGGCUUUAAUAAUUUAUAAUAUUGUUUUAUUUCUAUAACGUAUGAAGAAAAAGUACAACCUGACAUCGCUUGCUCAGUAAUUUUGCACUAUAAAGAAAAUCAACAAUCACUGACAUGCGUUGGCAUGUGUUGGCAAAGAUAAAUGACAUGUUGCACUGUAAUAUAAGGAUUUUGUAGUUUACGGUUUCCUUUUGUUUUCUGAUAAUUAUCUUUAAGGGUUAUAUUUACAGUUUUUAUAUGGACAAAAUAAUCCACUAAAGCAGACAACAUAAUAAUGAUUUCUGAGUGGACUGUUGUAAUUUAAAAGCCACUAUACAGGGCUUUUGUAAAUACAGUGUUAAUUUGCUUAAUAGGUUUGCCAUUGUAUCUUAAUGGUUGUGCCUGGACCAGCUACUUUAUAUAUAUAUAUAUAUAUAUAUAUAUAUAUAUAAAAUUUGUUUAGAUUCUUUGGAAUAUUGUAUAUUUGAAAUUAGAAUUUCACCUCAGGAGAGAUUAUAUGUUGCUUUUUGGUAUGAAAUGCACUUUUGCAUCUUUCAUUAUCCUAAUUGAUGUUUGGGACAACAGUACGGUGAAUUACAAGGUUGGGAAAACUGCACUUAAAUGGCUGCGUAUGGGUCCUGGCUAAUAGUCAUUUCCAUUGACAAUAUACUGCAUGUUUAUUGUUAAUUGUACUGGCUCUGAUAAAGAGUACAAUGAAUAAAGACUUCUUUUUACUUUGA